UGGCAGCCCACCAUUUACUGGUUCCGAUCCAAUGAAGAUCUACAACGUGGUUCUUCGCGGCAUUGAAGCUGUUGAAUUUCCAGUGGCCCUAAUCAACCGGACGGCGAUCGCCUUGAUUAAACGACUUUGCGCUCAAAACCCCGCGCAUCGUCUGGGCUACGGGUUUGGUGGAGUCAUCGACAUCAAGCAGAAUAAAUAUUUUCAGGGCUUCGACUGGAUUGGUCUGCACCUGGGAACUUUGAUCGCACCAAUUAAACCAGCGAUAUCUGGCCCAUGUGACGUCUCUAACUUUGACAAGUAUCCAGAUCGCAUGGAAAACGCACCAGAUGAACUUUCCGGUUGGGACGCAGACUUUUAACCGCUUCACUAUUCCGAAGACGGGCUAGCUGACUCUCGGUCAGGUAUCCGGGGGAUGGAUAUGUGUAUUCACCUCUACCCACUUUCUACAUGCUGCGCGGACUCAAGGCGGUCCACCACGCCACAUUACAGUGUCACAUUGAUGGCGCGUGGACAUAAGCCCGCAGUCUACUAGAUCUAUCCACCUUCUUCCUACCGCAUGUUUGUUUUCCAUUUGCUUCCAACCUUGUUGACAUCUUAACUGUUUAUUUAUUGUCCAGAUCUAAAGAGCACAGACGCUCUGAUUUGUGUACACCUAGAUACAGAAAGCAAUGCCGUUCUAUUUUACCAAAAUGGGUUGCUUCCCUUAUAGCCACUUACGAGGGGCACAGUCCCACCAUUGUUGCCUUACUUGCCAGAACCCUGUCUACUGACCACCUCAUCUAGUGUACAUAUACCUCUUCCACGUGGACAAUAACUAUUACCCUUUACGAGUGUUAAUACAUCUGGUGUGCGAUUGAAC